AUGGCUUUGAGAAGAUCUGGAGGCCAGCUCUGUAAGAGCAUCUCACAGGCCAGUUCGCAUCGUCUUGCGCUACCACAGAUUACUUCCCAAAGGCGGUAUUUGGCCACUCCCGUUCAUCCUGUCACCCAAGAUGCGACCGGAUCUAAGGGCCCUACUGCUAUGGUCUUCCUUAAUAUGGGAGGACCUUCAACUACCGACGAGGUUGGCGACUUUUUGAGUCGUCUGUUUGCUGAUGGCGAUCUGAUCCCUCUCGGCCCUCUACAAAACUACCUGGGUCCUCUAAUCUCCAAGCGACGAACACCCAAGAUUAUCAAGCAAUACUCUGCCAUUGGCGGUGGUUCUCCAAUUCGAAAAUGGUCCGAAUACCAAAACGCCGAGAUGUGCAAGAUCUUGGACAAGAUCUCGCCCGAAACUGCGCCCCACAAGCCAUACGUCGCUUUCCGAUAUGCGAACCCAUUGACCGAGGAGAUGUACGAGCAGUUGCUGAAGGAUGGAUUCGGCAACGGCAAGGGUGGUCGCGCUGUCGCAUUCACACAAUACCCCCAGUACUCUUGCUCAACAACGGGCAGCAGCAUCAACGAGCUUUGGAAGUGGAGGCACAGACUUGAGGGCAAGACCAACAAGGAGCCUGGUGACGGUACUAUCACAUGGAGUGUUAUUGACCGCUGGCCUAACCACAGCGGCUUGGUCGAGGCGUUUGCUCAGAACAUUGAGGCCAAGCUUCUGGAGUACCCUGAGGAGCGAAGAAAGGAUGUUGUCCUGCUCUUCUCCGCUCACAGUCUGCCCAUGUCUGUUGUCAACAGAGGUGAUCCUUAUCCUGCUGAGGUUGCGGCGACUGUCUAUGCUGUUAUGCAAAGACUUGGCUUCUCCAACCCUUACCGACUGUGUUGGCAGUCUCAGGUUGGACCAUCUGCUUGGCUGGGACCUCAAACCUCAGACAGUGUAGAGCACUACGUCGCCAAGGGCCAUAAGGACCUUGUGUUGAUCCCUAUUGCUUUCACUUCCGACCACAUUGAGACCCUAUACGAGUUGGACCAAGAGGUUAUUGCCGACAGCGGCAGCCCCGAAACAGUCAAGCGAGUUGAGUCUCUCAAUGGCAGCCCUGUGUUCAUCGAGGCUCUUGCCGACAUUGCCAAGAAGCAUCUUGCUGAGAACAAGGCUUGCUCAAAGCAGAUGGGUCUCCGAUGCCCCGGUUGCAAGAGUGAACGAUGUGCUGAGUCAAAGCGAUUCUUUGCUAGCCAGCAGGCUGGUCUAGCUUAA